AUGGAAUUAACGGUCGUUGAAGAAGGAGGCUGCACAUUUUCCAGCAUUUGUGGGAGGUGUGGGUGGUAUGUUGAUUCCAUCUGGGAGAACAGUUCUUGUCAGCAGUACAACAUUGGCAAAGUUGGCCCAUAUGUUCUGACUGUAGAAUCUGUCAAAUUCCUCCAGACAACCCUCUCCGAUGAAGUUCUUGACGCCUAUCUGCACCUGCUGACUCAGUCUAGAAAUGUGUUCCACAUAUCCAGUGUUGUCAUGACAGCCAUUUUUAUGGACAAUCGGGAAAUACAUUCUCUGCUACGAAAGGAGACUUUGUGUGGAUACGAGUACUGUAUUGGUGCAGUCAAUCAAGGAGGCAACCACUGGACAUUAAUGUUACUUGUAUGUCCCAGGUGAGAUCAAACUCACAACCGCCUCCACUUGAUUCAAAGUUUCUACCCACUGAUGUAUUGAAGGAGCUAUUUCACAUAUUUC